CAUUACAAACUUCCCUUUCUUGUGUGUUUAAAGGUAAAGUUUUCUGUAAGACAUCUUUAGGAAUUAGUUGACUAAGUCAAUUUUUUCCAAAUGAACUGUAAUUAACGUACAUUUGUUCGGCAUGAGCGAACGCUUCGAUUUUAGUCACGUUCAGUUUUAAAUUCACUGCGGUAUAGAAUAACACACAAGCAUCGGAAGCGAAUGUUUUGAAAACUCGGUCCAUUUUUACACGGGCCACACUUGACAGAACACUUUUCAAGAAACGGUGUCCAAGGAUCAUGGAUUUCCAAACUGUAAAUCGUCUAAAUGUGCGAAUAAACUUGAUUUCCGGCAAUUUGUUUCCGAUGACAACAGAUAAUUCGCGAUUUUCCAUUGGCUGGAAGAUAUACAGCGCUGUUACAUGGUUGAUAAUCAUAGCUAUAAUAAUUGCAUUUUCCGUUGGAUUCAUGAUGGUGUCCAAGAAAAAAGUUAUAAGCGACGGCAUGAUCGGCACCGUUUUCGCCAUAGAAGUAUUAUUCCUGGUUGCACGUAUUCACAUGCACAAAGAUUUGGUCAAGCAACUGAUCCAGAAUGUGAAUGACAUUCUUCGCGUCCAGGACGAGACUAUGAGGCGCGUCGUUAGGACGUCUCUACAUCUGGUGCAUUCUUCAGCCAAGUUUUACUGGAUGUCCGGCAUAAUAACAGUGAUAAUUUGGAUAGUCAUGCCGCUCACGGCGGCCUUCAAGAAGAAUUGCUUCAUCUACGAGGAUUACAGAUUACCGCUUGCCAUCUCCAGACAGCCAUUCUCGACAGAAAUGUUUCUGCUAGGGAGUCUGUUAUUGGUAUUUGGCAGCGUGUACGUUAUUCUAAAAAAGGCCGCUGUGGAUAUUUAUAUGUUGAAUUUUGUGAUGUUGAUGACCGCGCAAUAUCGCUACAUCGCGGUGAAACUUGAAGAAAUAUUUCGAGAAAGAAAUUCGCAGGAUAAACGCGAUAAUUUUGAAAAGCAAAAUCAUCCUACAACAGAUUCAUGGUCAGAAACAGAGAUGAAGGCGGUAUGUCGGCAUCACAAAACCGUGGUUCUCAUGUCGACCACGUUAAAGAAGUUACUGUCCUCAAACUUUUGUUUAAUUUAUAUUAGUAGCAUCUUACGGUUUUCUUUUGUCGGAGUCAUGCUGAGUAACACAGCACUGCUGAAAACUGUAGUUGAACGAAUUGCAAUGGUUUUCUUUGCUUGUGGCGAAAUACUACAAUUUUAUAUUCUGUGUUUGAACGUACAAAAAUUAUUAGACGCAAGUACGGAAAUGACAGACAUGGCAUUUCACGAAAACUGGUAUCAAUCUCGAUUAUCAAUAAAACGCAAAUUCAUGUUCAUAAUAUUAGGCAAUAAUUUAAAAUGUAGAAUUGCGUCAUUUGAAAAGUUUAGCAUCUCCUUACCAUCAUUUAUGACGAUUAUGAAUCAAUCAUAUUCAAUUACUCUUUUAUGUUUAAAACUCGUCAAAAAAGAAUAGAGAAUACACUGCAAACAUCUCAAAUAUGGUGCAAAGUUUUAUUGUGCAAG